GGCGACGCUGGCGGGAAAGUUGAGUGGCUGUUGCGCCGAGCCUCCGGGGCGAUGUGUAGUGACUUCCAUAGGUCUGAGUCUGGGACGGAGCUCCUUGCCCGACUGGAAGGUAGAAGUUCCUUGAAAGAAAUAGAACCACAUCUGUUUGCUGAUGAAGAUUCACCUGUGCAUGGUGAUAUUCUUGAAUUUCAUGGCCCAGAAGGAACAGGAAAAACAGAAAUGCUUUAUCAUUUAACAGCACGAUGUAUACUUCCAAAAUCGGAAGGCGGACUGGAAGUAGAAGUCUUGUUUAUUGACACAGAUUACCACUUUGAUAUACUUCGGCUUGUUACAAUUCUUGAGCACAGACUAUCGGAAAGUUCUGAAGAAAUAAUCAAACGCUGCCUUGGGAGGUUUUUCCUGGUCCACUGCAGCAGUAGCACCCAGUUACUCCUCACACUGUACUCGCUAGAAACCAUGUUCUGUAGGCACCCCUCCCUCUGCCUUCUGAUUUUAGAUAGCCUGUCAGCUUUUUAUUGGAUAGACCGUGUCAGUGGAGGAGAAAGUGUUCACUUACAGGAGUCCACUCUGAAGAAAUGUUCCCAACUCCUAGAGAAGCUGGUAACUGAGUAUCGGUUGGCUCUUUUUGCAACAACACAAAGUAUAAUGCAGAAAACCUCAAGCUCAGCAGAAGGGCCUUCUUGUGCCUUUAAUCGCCAGAGUGAUGUGGAUGUAGACUAUAGACCCUAUCUGUGUAAGGCGUGGCAACAAGUGGUAAAGCACAGAAUCUUUUUCUCCAAACAAGAUGAUUCCAAAACGAGCAACCAGUUUUCUUUAGUUUCACGUCAUUUAAAAAGUAACAACUUAAAAAAGCAUUUUUUUAUUAUUGGAGAAAGUGGUGUUGAGUUUUGUUGAUAUGUAUCAUAAGAUAGUCUUUUUUGUAGGAUAUUAUGCAAAUUUUAAAACGUCUUUAAUAGGCCAAAAGGGUUUGAUUCUAAAGUUCUUAAACUCUAAGGGAACUUAACAUAACCGUGUUUCUAUACAGAAUGGAUUUCUUAAACUAGUACAGUAGAACCUUAGACUCUUCUUCCCUAGGUUGUUGAAGAUUAUUCAAAGUGAUAAUAACAAUUAAGCUAUAUUAAGUUGUUUUAAGACUAAGUAAAUAAGAUAUACAUUUCAGUCCAAAUAAAGUGGAAUAUUCUAACUUUGUGUCACAUUUCUGGAAUUCAGUUAAAUACUUGUUUAGGAAAGUUGAAAUGCAUUUCUGAUUUUUCAUAUGUAACUCCUUUAAGAAGCUGUAAAUUUGGAAAAUGUUUCUGUAGAGCUGUUAUUUCUGUAAAGAGGAUGAAAACAAGGAGCCUACCCAAUCUGCCUUUCACACCAAAGACGAUGGAAAGUCAGAGCACUUUGAUCUGUUUUACUGAAUUCAAAGAUGGAGCUGCAUUAUGCUUGAGUUUCUGUAUAAUUUUUAAAAUACAGGGAAAUAAGAUACCCAUUCAAGGAGUUCUGUGAAUAUUGAAAUUUUCAUCUUUCUUGUUAAGUGAUAGAUAAAUGCUAAAACUAUAUAGUAACUGUAUGUUACUUGUGUUUUCUUACCUAUUUAGAAUACUUCAGACAUACUCUGAAAUGAAUUGAAAUGUUUCCAGCUGAGAGCUGGACAAGGCUGUAUAUACUUUGGCCCAGUAAUGACCAGAAAGGGGAGCAUGCACCUCCAGGGGCACACAAGGUAGUGUAUUGUGGAAGAGGAAGAAAACUUUGGAACUUUGAUUUAUAUAUUUUAAUCGAAGAAAAGAUUAAAUUAUAUCAAUAUUUGAUAUUCAGAUUGACCCUGGCACUCACUCAACCUAUAUAUCAGAUUGCCUUAUGUCACAUGUAUAUUUGAGGUAUCCUGUGGGAAAACUGGAAAGAAUUGACAGUGGUGUUCUCACAGGUAUGUUCAUUUAUAUGUAACCUAUUUAGUUAAAAUAACUGUACGUUCACUUAUCUAACGAAGAUUCUUU